GAGAGAGAGAGAAGGAAGGAGGAGACCCAAAUGUCCAGUUUAGUCUUCGGUCACUCGGCGGAAUCACACGAAGUCUGAAUUGUGACGAACUUUAAAAGUGGCCGAACUACGUUUUAGCGGAAUACUAUUUAACGGCUCAAAGAUAGAUAGAUAGAGAGAGAGAGAGAGAGAGAUAGAAGAGAAGCGGCGGACUGAGCAAAGAGGAAGGAGGGGAGGCUGGAGAGAGAGAGACAGAGAGAGAGAGAGAGAGAGAAGCGGUGAAUUUGUGACUGGAGUUUGGUCGGUGCCCCUCUCCUCUCCUCUCCUCUCCACUCCUCACGUCACCCUCCCUGCUCCUCUGUCUGAGUCUCCUUCGGAGUAUUUCCAUGUCUGCUCCUCGGGGACUUUAAAUGUUCAACUUGAUGGGUGUUUUAAACACCACGGCCGCAAAUGUCUCCUGUACUUGUAACUGCCAGAGAUUCACCUCCCUCCAGAGCAUGGAGAUCACCCAGCUGGAGUUCGUGCAGAUCUUGGUCAUCGUGGUGGUGAUGAUGGUGAUGGUGGUGGUCAUCACCUGUCUGCUCAACCAUUACCGCCUGUCGGCUCGCUCUCUUCUCACCAGACACUCCGGCGCCCACAGGAGGCACCUCCCUCUGGCCAACGAGGGGGGUCUCUGGUCGUCUGAGGGCACAGCCCCCAACGCUGGACUCAGUGAGGUCUACAACCCCCGCCUCCCUGACGCAGGUGUCCACGUGUCCUACCUGCAGCGAGAGCCGCAACACGCCGCGCCCCAGCACCAGCACCAGCACCAGCCUAAUGUCCAGCCUCACCGCUUCCAACACACGUAUGCGCCGUGUCGCUUUCAGCCCACGUACCCUUACCUGCCCCAGAGCCUCAUUGACUUACCGCCCACCAUUGCCCUGUCGGACGGGGAGGAGCCCCCGCCCUACCAGGGCCCGUGCGUCCUGCAUCUCGGUGAUCCAGAGCAACAGAUGGAUCUGAACCGCGAGUCGGUUAGAGCUCCGCCCAACAGGACGGUGUUCGACUCCCACCCCAUUGACCUGUCCAACUCCUGCCUCCAGUCCAGCCUGCAGGCUCCUCCUCCGAGCGUCAACCCGGGCCUCAGCGUGUUCGAGGCCCAGGAGGCUUCGCGGCAGCAGAACCCGGGCGCUGGACUUGAGGGGGCGCCCCCUGCCUACAGCGAGGUGAUGGGGCACUACUAUCAUCCAGGAUCUGUGACGCCCGGUCACAGGCACCGGACUGUUUCCCACGGACAGUUACCCCCGUCCUCGCUCGUACACGGCCUACUUCGACCCACAGCUCAGCAACAAGGAAGCAUGAACAGCAGGAAAGCCAAGGAGAAAUCCCAGAAGCCUCAGCAGGUGUGAUGGUACUGUUUCCUGGAUCCUUGGUUCCAGGGGGCGCAGGAAAACCAGGAUUAAGUCGUACGGCUCUCUGGAAGACGGUUCAGUAGGUGAUUGGUUAACCACCUGGUGAGUUCUUACCGAUCUAGUUCUCCUUCGUCACGGAUUGAGCGGUGACCACGAGGGGGGCGCACACAAAACCUCUUUAGGUCACAGCAUUUGUUUCCGAAUGCGAACUGCUGGUUCAUUCCUGCAGACAGAGAACAGUCACAC